CAGAAGGACAGAACGACCUAUCAACUUGAUGAACAAGCGUUCAUAUCACCAAGCCCCUCCCCGAGAACUUUGAUCUCUUGAGUAAGCCUCCUGCCAAGAACUUGACAUCGUUCAUCCAGCUUCACACCGCCCUCACCAUGCCAGCAGCUACAUCCCCCUCCCCGCCUCUAACCAGGACCGGCACCGGCACCGGCAUCACCAAACUGACCAACUGCCGUCUCAUCAUCGGCGACUCCCUCAUCCCAUCUGACCUCUUCAUCGAUUCCCUAACCGGCAAGAUCCUCGAACCCUCCAACACCACCACCCUCCUCCCAGACAUCACCCUCGAUCUCCAAAACCGCAUCGUGUCCCCCGGCCUCAUCGACUGCCAACUCAACGGCGCCUUCGGCUUCAACUUUUCCACCCUCACCUCCUCCACCGAAUACCUCAAAAACAUCCACUCUCUCAACAAGAAACUCAUCCGCACCGGCGUCACUUCCUAUCUCCCCACCCUGACCUCACAAACACCAGAGCUGUACCACUCUGCCCUUCCACACCUCGGUCCUCUCCCCAGUAUCUCCUCCAACCGCCACCACCGCAACCCCCAAAAUGGGUCUGAAUCCCUCGGCGCCCACGUCGAAGGCCCCUUCCUCUCUCCCCUCCAACACGGGAUCCACGACCCUUCCGUCCUACGCGCCGCCCACUCUUUCCAAGAUCUCGAACACGUCUACGGCUCUUCCAACCUUUCCUCCUCCUCCGGGUCCUCGGGAGGAGGAGCAAACAUCAAACUCAUCACCAUCGCUCCCGAACGCGGGUCCAUCGUGACCCUCAUUCCCGAGCUCGUCGCCCGCGGAAUCGUCGUCUCCAUAGGGCACACCGAGACUUCCCUCCCUAUAGCUUCCACGGCAGUCAAAGCGGGCGCAACGAUGAUCACCCACUUGUUCAACGCCAUGAAACCUCUGCAUCAUCGCGAACCGGGGGUGUUUGGUCUUUUGGGUUUGGCUGCACCUGUACCAGGAGAAGAAGAUAAGACUUGCAAAAGACCCUAUUACGGCGUAAUAGCGGACGGCAUCCACUUGCACCCCUUGUCCGUCUGUUUGGCGUAUAACUUGCACCCUAGGGGUUUCAUUCUGGUUACGGACGCGAUGCAUCUGGCGGGCAUGCCGGAUGGGAAGUACGAGUGGGUUAAUGGGGAGAAAACAGAGUGGAUUGAGAAGAGGGGGAGUAAGCUUUGUAUUGCUGAGCCACCGUCGUCGUCGUCGUCAUUGCCGCCGUCACCACCGUCGUCACCACCACAAUCGCUAUUGGCGGGAAAACAGAAUGGCCACCACGUCAAUGGCCAUGUCAAUGGCGGCCCGGGAAGAACUCAUGAUCGGGAGGUAACGACUCAAAAUGGCAAUGGGGUAGAAAAGAAAAAGCAAUGUGGAGGAGGAGGGGGAAUAGCAGGUAGCUCAGCCACCCUCCUAGAAUGCGUGAACAAUGUCUUGCAAUGGACAGGGAUGUCGGUGUCCAAGGCUUUGGCGAGUGUGACUAGCACGCCGGCCGAGAUGCUGGGAUUGAAGGGCAUCAAGGGGAGUUUGGCGCCGGGGGCGGAUGCGGAUUUGGUGGUUUUUGAGGAGGUGGAGGUUGAGGUUGAGGAUCUGCUGGAUGGAAGCAGGAAGAUAAGCAGAAAGCAGUUGGUUGUUGAUGAGGUUUGGAAGUUUGGGGAAAGAGUCUUUGUUAGGGAUCGGACUGCUUUGGUGAGUUCCAAAUCAUAAUGGGGAGGGAGUUGGGGCUUGAUAGAUGUUGAAUGAUUUCUUGGUAAUGCAGCUUUGUUUCCUUGCAAGGUAGGGGGAGAAAGUAUAAUGCUGAAUGUCUGUUGGCUUGCCAUUUGGCUAUAGCACGAUGAAUGGCAAUGAUGGUUCCCGUCCACGAAGGCAUGACUUGAAAAGAAAACACCACUCGCCCUCCAAUUAUAACUGGCCAUACAGAACUCGAAAAGAUAUAACUCAUUCCCCUCCCAUGUGUCGCUAAACUUGGUAAAACAACUCAGGAUAAUGCUGCGAAGUGUUUCGCUU